AUGAAUAAAUACACAUUGAAAUUUAAUGAUAGCAAAAUAGAAACUUAAUAUUAAGAAUUUAGAAGAAAAGAAAUUCUAAGAAAAGUCUUUUACACUAUGACUCCUGUCAGUUUGAUUUUGAAUGUCUUGAAAAUAGCAGUUGAUCUCUCAAAAAAUAAAUAUGAUUAAUUGUAUGUUAACUCUGCAAACAUAGCUGUAGUAUUUAUUGGAGUUCUUUUAGUUAAAAUUAAUGAAAAAUAUCUCAGACUUUUUAUUACAUCGUGCAGUAUUAUGACUGCUCUACUUUAACUUAAUUUAGAUCCAAAUGAUGCAAAGUAAUAAGAUUAUUAUAAUUUUGGUUGUCUUGUCACUUCAUUACAAUCAGUACUCUACUUUUUAAGUGACUUUCCUGAUGCUUGUAUAUAAGUUAUAUCUCACUGUUCUAUAAGAUUAUCAAUUACAUCAAUAACAACAAAUUAUGUUGAUUUUUAAGAUUACUUAUUUACUAUAUUUGCUAUAACUUUUUAAUUUGUAGUAUUGUAUAAAUGCGAUUAGAAUUCAAGAAAACAUUUCUUACUUAGAGUAAAAGAGGAUUAAUGGGAUAAUUAAUUAAUAAAUUUAAUUAAUUCUCCAUUUUGUUAAUUCAAAUUUAUUAAUGAAGAACUUAAAUUUGAUUUAAUUUAAUCAAAUAAAAUGAAUAUAUUUCCUAAUUAUAAUCCAAAUUAUUGUGAAGGAUGUAAUUUUCGAUAAUUCUUAAGGUCUACUUUAGUUUAAGAAAAUUAGAAUUUAGAAUCUUAUUUAUUCAAGUGUGAUAUGAAAAAUUUUGAAAAUACUUUUGAAAUCAAUUUAUUUAAAAAUUAUCAAUAAAAACUUAAAUUUAUUAACUUAGGAGUUGAAACUUAAAAAUACUUAAUAAUUUUAGUGAAUCUUAAUAAUCAUACUAAAGAUUCUAAUUUAAAAAAAUAUAUUAAACAAGCUAAAGAAGAAAUGUUUAAAACAGUCAAAAUAUUUUAGAAAACUGACUCAGAAUUUUAAAAUUCCUUUAGACUUGGAGUUUUAUCAUUAAUUUUACUUAACAGUCAAUAAAUAAAAAGGAUUAAUCUUACAAAACGAUUCUAGUAAUGCAUUAAUUUAUUCAAAUAAUAUGGAUGGAAAUUUAAACUAAAAUCAAAUUAUGAGGUGUAUAUCAACUCUUAUUAUUGUUAAAUUAAUAUCUUUUUAAUUUAAUUGUUUAUAUUAUUUUUGAAUUAAAAAAAAUAAUUGGAAAUCUAGUAUUUUGAUUUGAUAGAAUCAGAAAAUGAAGUAAUUAUUUGUAUAGAGCCUUAUGAUUUUUAAGAAUUCGAAGUUGAAUUUAAUACAAACUUUUUUAUCAAUCAAAUAAAAAAUAAAAUAUUAAUUCAAAAUAAUCUGAAAAAUUAAUAAAUAUAGCUUAUUAAAUUUGUUGAAUUACCAUUUAAUUCAAUUGAUAAAUCAGAUGUUUAAAACUUCAUAAAAUAAUUGUGA